AUGUCUGUAGACGCUGACGAGAAAGAGGUGAUCUUGGUCCAUCCUUCCAACGAGAAGACGGCCGUUAAAAUCUUGAAUUAUGGAGCAACGAUCUAUUCCUGGACAAUAGACGGCGAAGAGCAGCUAUGGCUAUCGGACGCGGCCAAGUUAGAUGGGUCUAAACCCGUGCGCGGAGGCAUCCCAUUGGUUUUUCCUGUUUUUGGGAAGAACACCGACGAUGAGCACUUUUCAAAGCUGCCGCAGCAUGGCCUUGCCCGUAACUCUACGUGGGAAUUCUUGGGUCAAACCAAGGAAAACCCUCCAGCCGUGCAAUUCGGCCUGGGGCCAGAGCUUGCAAAUGAGGAACUCACCGCACUAUGGCCGUUUGACUACACACUGGUGCUUACCGUGGAACUUGGGGAAGAACAUCUUAAAACGGAGAUUGAGGUUGUGAACACCUCCACAUCGCAGACCCUCCGUUUCAAUUGGUUAUUCCACACAUAUCUGAAGAUUGACGAUGUCGAGGACACUAUGGUAUCCAACCUCAAGAACUUUAAGACCUACGACCAGCUUCUGAAGACUAGCUACGUGGACAGGCAACCGGUGGUAGCCUUCCACGAAGAGGUGGACAGGAUCUACCAGCAGGUCGCCGAUGACAGAGUUAUACAGAUUGUGGACAAGGGACGUCCAAUCCACAGUGUUAGCAGGGGCAAUCUUCCAGAUGUCGUGGUCUGGAACCCCUGGAUUGAAAAAUCAGCAAACAUGCAGGACUUCCAGCCAAAGGAAGGGUACCAGAAGAUGAUAUGUAUCGAACCCGGCCACGUUCACGACUUCGUGACCCUGCAGCCAGGCGAGAAAUGGUCCGGGUACCAACUGUUGUCGAAAGACACGUUGAAGUACCAGGCCGUCUGA